ACAACACCUGUAGCUUCUACGUCAACCACAGCAGCUGUCUCUACGACAACCACUGCUGUUCUGACUACAACAACUGCUGCUCCAACAACCACUACAACUCCAGAACCUACUACGACAGAACCUACUCGUACGACUGCAACAACUGCAGAACCUACCUCAACAACUACUUUAGCUCCUACAACAAACAUUGUUGUUCUUACGACCGCAACAACUGCAGCACCUUCUACAACAACUACAACUUCAGCUCCUACGACAACCACAACAGCACCCACUACAACACCUGCAGUUCCUACCACUGUAGCUCCAGCGACCACUACACCUGAUGUACUUACUACAACAAUCAUAACUACAUCUCCUGCUACAACAACUGUAGCUUCUACGUCAACCACAGCAGCUGUCUCUACGCCAACCACUGCAGCUCUUACUACAACAACUGCUGCUCCAACAACCACUACAACUCCAGAACCUGCUACGACAGAACCUACUCGUACGACUGCAAAGACUGCGGAACCUACCUCAACAACCACUUUAGCUCCUACAACAAACAUUGUUGUUCUUACGACCGCAACAACUGCAGCACCUUCUACAACAACUACAACUUCAGCUCCUACGACAACCACAACAACAGCACCCACUACAACACCUGCAGUUCCUGCAAGUGUAGCUCCAGCGACCACUACACCUGAUGUACUUACUACAACAAUCACAACUACAGCUCCUGCUACAACAACUGUAGCUUCUACGUCAACCACAGCAGCUGUCUCUACGCCAACCACUGCAGCUCUUACUACAACAACUGCUGCUCCAACAACCACUACAACUCCAGAACCUACUACGACAGAACCUACUCGUACGACUGCAACGACUGCAGAACCUACCACAACAACCACUUUAGCUCCUACAACAAACAUUGUUGUUCUUACAACCGCAACAACUGCUGCACCUUCUACAACAACUACAACUUCAGCUCCUACAAUAACCACAACAACAGCACCCACUACAACACCUGCAGUUCCUGCAAGUGUAGCUCCAGCGACCACUACACCUGAUGUACUUACUACAACAAUCACAACUACAGCUCCUGCUACAACAACUGUAGCUUCUACGUCAACCACAGCAGCUGUCUCUACGCCAACCACUGCAGCUCUUACUACAACAACUGCUGCACCAACAACCACUACAACUCCAGAACCUACUACGACAGAACCUACUCGUACGACUGCAACGACUGCAGAACCUACCACAACAACCACUUUAGCUCCUACAACAAACAUUGUUGUUCUUACAACCGCAACAACUGCAGCACCUUCUACAACAACUACAACUUCAGCUCCUACAAUAACCACAACAACAGCACCCACUACAACACCUGCAGUUCCUACAACUGUAGCUCCAGCGACCACUACACCUGAUGUACUUUCUACAACAAUCAUAACUACAGCUCCUGCUACAACAACUGUAGCUUCUACGUCAACCACAGCAGCUGUCUCUACGACAACCACCUCAGCUCUAACUAAAACAACUGCUGCUCCAACGACCGCUACAACUCCAGAACCUAUUACGACAGAACCUACUCCUACGACUACUACGACUGCAGAACCUACCACGACAGCAACGGCAGCUCCUACUACAACAUCUGCUGUUCUUACGACAGCAACAACUGCAGCACCUUCUACAACAACUACAACUUCAGCUCCUACAAUAACCACAACAACAGCACCCACUACAACACCUGCAGUUCCUACAACUGUAGCUCCAGCGACCACUACACCUGAUGUACUUUCUACAACAAUCAUAACUACAGCUCCUGCUACAACAACUGUAGCUUCUACGUCAACCACAGCAGCUGUCUCUACGACAACCACCUCAGCUCUAACUAAAACAACUGCUGCUCCAACGACCGCUACAACUCCAGAACCUAUUACGACAGAACCUACUCCUACGACUACUACGACUGCAGAACCUACCACGACAGCAACGGCAGCUCCUACUACAACAUCUGCUGUUCUUACGACAGCAACUACUGCAGCACCUUCUACAACAAGUACAACUUCAGCUCCUACGACAACCACAACAACAGCACCCACUACAACACCUGCAGUUACUACAACUGUAGCUCCAGCGACCACUACACCUGAUGUACUUACUACAACAAUCAUAACUACAGCUCCUGCUACAACAACUGUAGCUUCUACGUCAACCACAGCAGCUGUCUCUACGCCAACCACUGCAGCUCUUACUACAACAACUGCUGCUCCAACAACCACUACAACUCCAGAACCUACUACGACAGAACCUUCUCGUAUGACUGAGACGACUGCAGAAACUACCACAACAACCACUUUAGCUCCUACAAUAAACAUUGUUGUUCUUACAACCGCAACAACUGCAGCACCUUCUACAACAACUACAACUUCAGCUCCUACAAUAACCACAACAACAGCACCCACUACAACACCUGCAGUUCCUACAACUGUAGCUCCAGCGACCACUACACCUGAUGUACUUUCUACAACAAUCAUAACUACAGCUCCAGCUACAACAACUGUAGCUUCUACGUCAACCACAGCAGCUGUCUCUACGACAACCACCUCAGCUCUAACUAAAACAACUGCUGCUCCAACGACCGCUACAACUCCAGAACCUAUUACGACAGAACCUACUCCUACGACUACUACGACUGCAGAACCUACCACGACAGCAACGGCAGCUCCUACUACAACAUCUGCUGUUCUUACGACAGCAACUACUGCAGCACCUUCUACAACAAGUACAACUUCAGCUCCUACGACAACCACAACAACAGCACCCACUACAACACCUGCAGUUACUACAACUGUAGCUCCAGCGACCACUACACCUGAUGUACUUACUACAACAAUCAUAACUACAGCUCCUGCUACAACAACUGUAGCUUCUACGUCAACCACAGCAGCUGUCUCAACGACAACCACCUCAGCUCUAACUAAAACAACUGCUUCUCCAACGACCGCUACAACUCCAGAACCUAUUACGACAGAACCUACUCCUACGACUGCUACGACUGCAGAACCUACCACGACAGCAACGUCAGCUCCUACUACAACAUCUGCUGUUCUUACGACAGCAACUACUGCAGCACCUUCUACAACAAGUACAACUUCAGUUCCUACGACAACCACAACAACAGCACCCACUACAACACCUGCAGUUACUACAACUGUAGCUCCAGCGACCACUACACCUGAUGUACUUACUACAACAAUCAUAACUACAGCUCCUGCUACAACAACUGUAGCUUCUACGUCAACCACAGCAGCUGUCUCUACGCCAACCACUGCAGCUCUUACUACAACAACUGCUGCUCCAACAACCACUACAACUCCAGAACCUGCUACGACAGAACCUACUCGUAAGACUGCAAAGACUGCGGAACCUACCUCAACAACCACUUUAGCUCCUACAACAAACAUUGUUGUUCUUACGACCGCAACAACUGCAGCACCUUCUACAACAACUACAACUUCAGCUCCUACGACAACCACUACAACACCUGCAGUUCCUACCACUGUAGCUCCAGCGACCACUACACCUGAUGUACUUACUACAACAAUCAUAACUACAGCUCCUGCUACAACAACUGUAGCUUCUACGUCAACCACAGCAGCUGUCUCUACGCCAACCACUGCAGCUCUUACUACAACAACUGCUGCUCCAACAACCACUACAACUCCAGAUCCUGCUACGACAGAACCUACUCGUACGACUGCAAAGACUGCGGAACCUACCUCAACAACCACUUUAGCUCCUACAACAAACAUUGUUGUUCUUACGACCGCAACAACUGCUGCACCUUCUACAACAACUACAACUUCAGCUCCUACGACAACCACAACAACAGCACCCACUACAACACCUGCAGUUCCUGCAAGUGUAGCUCCAGCGACCACUACACCUGAUGUACUUUCUACAACAAUCAUAACUACAGCUCCUGCUACAACAACUGUAGCUUCUACGUCAACCACAGCAGCUGUCUCUACGACAACCACCUCAGCUCUAACUAAAACAACUGCUUCUCCAACGACCGCUACAACUACAGAACCUGUUACGACAGAACCUACUCCUACGACUGCUACGACUGCAGAACCUACCACGACAGCAACGGCAGCUCCUACUACAACAUCUGCUGUUCUUACGACAGCAACUACUGCAGCAACUUCUACAACAAGUACAACUUCAGCUCCUACGACAACCACAACAACAGCACCCACUACAACACCUGCAGUUCCUACCACUGUAGCUCCAGCGACCACUACACCUGAUGUACUUACUACAACAAUCACAACUACAGCUCCUGCUACAACACCUGUAGCUUCUACAUCAAGCACAGCAGCUGUCUCUACGACAACCACUGCUGUUCUGACUACAACAACUGCUGCUCCAACAACCACUACAACUCCAGAACCUACUACGACAGAACCUACUCGUACGACUGCAACAACUGCAGAACCUACCUCAACAACUACUUUAGCUCCUACAACAAACAUUGUUGUUCUUACGACCGCAACAACUGCAGCACCUUCUACAACAACUACAACUUCAGCUCCUACGACAACCACAACAGCACCCACUACAACACCUGCAGUUCCUACCACUGUAGCUCCAGCGACCACUACACCUGAUGUACUUACUACAACAAUCACAACUACAGCUCCUGCUACAACAACUGUAGCUUCUACGUCAACCACAGCAGCUGUCUCUACGCCAACCACUGCAGCUCUUACUACAACAACUGCUGCACCAACAACCACUACAACUCCAGAACCUACUACGACAGAACCUACUCGUACGACUGCAACGACUGCAGAACCUACCACAACAACCACUUUAGCUCCUACAACAAACAUUGCUGUUCUUACAACCGCAACAACUGCUGCACCUUCUACAACAACUACAACAACCUAUUACGACAGAACCUACUCCUACGACUACUACGACUGCAGAACCUACCACGACAGCAACGGCAGCUCCUACUACAACAUCUGCUGUUCUUACGACAGCAACUACUGCAGCACCUUCUACAACAAAACCUAUUACGACAGAACCUACUCCUACGACUGCUACGACUGCAGAACCUACCACGACAGCAACGGCAGCUCCUACUACAACAUCUGCUGUUCUUACGACAGCAACUACUGCAGCACCUUCUACAACAAAACCUAUUACGACAGAACCUACUCCUACGACUGCUACGACUGCAGAACCUACCACGACUGCAACGUCAGCUCCUACUACAACAUCUGCUGUUCUUACGACAGCAACUACUGCAGCACCUUCUACAACAAAACCUGCUACGACAGAACCUACUCGUACGACUGCAAAGACUGCGGAACCUACCUCAACAACCACUUUAGCUCCUACAACAAACAUUGUUGUUCUUACGACCGCAACAACUGCAGCACCUUCUACAACAACUACAACUUCAGCUCCUACAAUAACCACAACAACAGCACCCACUACAACACCUGCAGUUCCUACAACUGUAGCUCCAGCGACCACUACACCUGA